ACGGGGCGUGCCCCUUCGUCCGCCAUGACCUGUGGUGCCUCCCAGAGAAAGGGCAGCACCCCCCGCCCCGAGCCGUCCCGGCGGCUCCCGCGGGAGGGGCAGGGGGCAGGCCCCGUUUCCCCUACAGGCGGCGGAGGCGGGCCGGCAGGGUGGGAGGCACCCUGGAGUCAGGCCUCCCGCCUUGAAGGGGCCGCCGGGCCCAGUGAAAGCGGGCGGGCUGCGGGAGCCGGCUCAGCUGCCGGUCGGCAUGGGGGCCGGGGCGCUGGCCAUACGCCAAAGCAAAUCAGCUGUGAGAUUGAAGGAGGACAUGAAAAAAAUAGCUGCAUUUCCACUGAGCAAGCAGAAGGACACAACCUGUCCAAAGGUGUUUGGUGUGAGUCUUCUGGAGCUCCAGCAGCAGGGACUGAGCAAGAACGGCAUCCCAAUAGUUGUAUGGAAUAUAGUUGAGUACCUCACUCAGCAUGGUAUGACACAGGAAGGCCUCUUCAGGGUAAACGGCAGCAUGAAAAUGGUGGAACAGUUGCGUCUGCAGUACGAGCGUGGAGAAGAGGUGGAGCUUGGUAAAGAUGGGGACGUGUACUCAGCAGCCAGUCUUUUGAAACUAUUUUUGAGAGAGUUGCCAGAUGGGAUUAUCACCUCUGCCUUACAUCCCAGGUUCAUUCAGCUUUACCAGGACACUAGAAACGACAUGCAGAAGGAAAGUAACUUGAAAGAACUCCUUCAAGAACUGCCUGAUGCUCAUUACUGUCUGCUGAAGUAUCUGUGCCAGUUCCUGAUAAAGGUUGCUGAACAUCAUGUGGAGAACAGGAUGAACCUUUGCAAUCUUGCCACUGUAUUUGGACCAAACUGCUUUCAUGUGCCCUCUGGAUUUGAAGGUAUAAAAGAACAGGAGAUCUGCAACAAGAUAAUGACCAAAAUGUUGGAAAAUUACAAUACCUUGUUUGAAUUUGAAGGUUUGAAGAAGGAUGAAGAAAAGCCUGUAUGUGAAGAGCUAGCAAGAAUUAUUUUAGUAAAAAUGACAAAGUCCACCGUGGAAGGAUCUGGCCAAACGUGCUUAGUGCCACAACCACGCCUGUCAGAUGGAAUACCGCAGGUCAGCCUCCGGUUAACAGAUGGCAGUUCAUGUUGGAAGGAGAUGGAUUUAGCAGAUGAAAUCUCCUUCAUUAACAGUGAUACCUUUUUCUCCAGCUCCCAAGAAGAUGAGCGACCUAUGUCACCCUUCUAUGUGAGUACCCACAUGUCACAAGUCAGUAGUAACAUUCCUGCUACAGGAGAGUAUUUAGAGAAGACAAUCCGCUCAGCCGUGGAGCAGCAUCUCUUUGAUGUUCAUGGCUCAGGCGGCCAGAGUUCAGAGGACUCUGAAUCGGGAACAUCUUCAGCCUCUUCUAAUGUGUCUGCCAGGCAGAGGAGGCGACAUCACAAAGAGCAGGAGGAAGCCCGGAGAAACAGAGACAUGGAAGUCGUCAACAAAGAAAACAUUCCAUCUGGAUUUGGCAAUCUUGAAGACUGUAUUCUAGCUGCUCAAGAAGUAGAAAAAAUGCAAGAAAACAGCUCUGGAUACCUUAGUGAAAGGAAUAAACCAAAACGGCAGAAAUCCAGCACCAAGCUCUCAGAGCUUAAUGACAACCAGGACAGUCCUGUGAGUAUGGAAAGCUUUAGCUCAUCCAGGCCUAUAGACAGAACAGGACCUGAUGACAUGGAAAUUUUAUCUGAAGAAAGCAAAGAAAGUGAAAACGACGAGGUUUUCUUCACACACCCUCAGCUGACUUCAAGUAUGAAGAUUCAAGAGCAUCCAAACAUUCCUGAAAACAAGUUGCAAAGAAAUCAAGAUGCUGAUGACCAGGAAAACAGCUUUGUGUCAGAAGUGCCUCGGCUGGAUUUGACAGCACUGUGUGAUGACAACAACUGGGAAGAGCCCAUCCCCGCUCUUUCCUCAUGGCAGCGAGACGGCUUAGACUCAGAUGAGGCUCGCCUUUCCCCGCAGGCCGGUCGCUUAAUUCGCCAGCUUCUGGAUGAGGACAGCGAUCCUAUGCCGUCUCCUCGCUUCUAUGCCUAUGGACAGAGCCAACAGUACUUGGAUGACACAGAAGUGCCUCCUUCCCCUCCCAAUUCUCAUUCCUUCAUGAGGAGGCGAAGCUCAUCUUUGGGGUCAUACGAAGAUGACAGAGAGGACCUUACCCCUGCACAACUUACCCGGAGGAUUCAGGGACUGAAGAAAAAGAUUCGGAGAUUUGAGGACAAAUUCGAAGAGGAAAGAAAAUACAGACCUUCCCACAGUGACAAAGCAGCCAACCCUGAAGUGCUCAAAUGGACAAAUGAUUUGGCCAAGUUCCGAAAGCAACUUAAAGAGUCAAAACUGAAGCUAUCCGAGGAAGACCUUGGCCCUGUUGUGCGUCAGCGCAGCAACACGCUCCCCAAAAGCUUUGGCUCUCAGCUUGAAAAGGACGAUGACAAGAAGCAAGACCUGUCAGAUAAAUCUGCCAAACCUGCUGUGGAAGCAACCCUUGAUUCCAUCCAGAAGAAGCUUCAGGAAAAACGAACAGAGACAAACCGACCUGAAGAUAUUAAGGACAUGACAAGAGACCAGAUAGCAGCUGAAAAAGUGGCUCUUCAGAAAGCUUUGCUGUAUUAUGAAAGCAUUCAUGGCAGACCGGUUACCAAAAAUGAACGGCAGGUGAUGAAGCCAUUGUAUGACAGGUACCGCUUGGUCAAGCAGAUCCUCUCCAGAGCCAACACCAUCCCCAUCAUUGGUUCCCCCUCCAGCAAGCGGAGAAGCCCUUUGCUGCAGCCAAUUAUCGAGGGCGAAACAGCUUCCUUCUUCAAGGAGAUAAAGGAGGAAGAGGAGGGAUCUGAGGAGGACAGCAAUGUGAAGCCAGGUUUCACAAUUACAAUGAAAACUGAUUUCAACGUGUGUAGCUUCUUGGAUCAACUUGAAGAUGAUGCUGACGGCUUUGUUUCCCCAGUGGAUGAUAAGAUGCCACCUAGGAGCAAUCAGGAUAUGGGGCUUUCAAAUCUCCAUGAAGCAUCCAUCCCUGAACUCUUAGAGCAGCUCCAAGAAGUCAGGGAAGAGAAGAAGCGCAUCAGAAAGAAGUUGAGAGACUUUGAAGAUAACUUUUUCCGACAAAAUGGAAGGAAUGUGCAGAAGGAGGACCGCACUCCUAUGGCUGAAGAAUACAAUGAAUACAAGCAGAUUAAGGCCAAGCUGAGGCUGCUGGAGGUCCUGAUCAGUAAAAGAGAUACUAGCUCCAAGGUCAUGUAAAAGAGGAGAUUGGUUUUGCCAUUAAACAAAGAAGAGUGCAAAUGGACAAAUGGAUGAAGCGGAUGCAGUGGGAGCCUGGCUGGGGAGAGCUGAGCUGCUCCCUGGGAACUGAAGGGCCAUUCCCACAGCUGGCAGGGCGGGCAAAAAGGUAGCUUUCCAUCACUCUCAGCACUUGAUGUUGCCCACUCUUUCUCCAGGCCUGAUGCCCACAACGGAGUUUGCCAGUAUAGGAGACAUGAUGCUGUGCUUAGUGACUUCACUGAAGGGAUCCUUCUGUUUUGAUUUGCUUACAGAUCCUGUAACAUUUAGAAUAUCCAAGCCAGCCACGCUAUUAUUCUUUCCCCCGGGAUAUCAUAGCAAGAGGCCAAGUAGAAUGAAUAGUGAUUAAAUCAUCAAAUAGCUUCUCCUUUCAUUUAACAGACAAGUGCCCUGGCUGCUCCCGCAUGAAGGCACAGGUCAGAUGAUAGCACCAGGACUGUUCUCUUACAGCCAGAGUGAAGAUUUGCUCAGACUUUAGACCUGACUGGAGUCCAGCAUCCUCUGUUGCUCUAGAUGAAUGCUGUAAGAAUGUCCUGGUCACCACUCAAGAGGGUUUAAAAGCUUUUUUCCCUCUCAGUUUCCUAACAGUUGCGGUGUUACAGUAACACCUUCCAAGCAGAAGGAGCCAGCAAGAAUUUUGCUGCAUGGCUUAUUUGCUUCCUAUCCCAAACAGAUGCAAGUAAUGUCUUCAUUUUAAAGGCCAGUUCAAGGUGGGAAGGAAACCAAACUGAGGCCUAGGCAAAAUCCAACACAGCAGCUCUAACUCGGAAACCCUUGAGAUUUCGUUAGCUGAUCAGCUAAAUGCUUGGUGUCAGGUAUCUGGAAGACAUCUGGAAGAUCCCCUCACUAGUCCAUGUGUGUCAUCAUCUGACACAGACCUAAGAGUUCAAGCUGGACAGUCCGUGGGGGCAUCAUACAUACUCACUGGCCUGAAUUUUGCUUUUUUGUGUACACCAUCAGUCAGACUGUGUGGGCAAUGACACUCUGCUGGUGGCGACAGAGGAUGGACGUUUCUUCCGGGCAUGUAUGGUGGUAUACCAGCACAGAGGAUGCUGCAGGGAACUGAAACCGUGGAGCUCUGCCUGUUGAAGAUUUUGAGGAUUCAGCAUUUUUCAAAUUUGUUCGUGACUUUCAGAAAAGCAAGUCCUGGGAUGCCUGAAUCAGCUGCUCACAUCACACAGAUGCUGCCCGAAGGAGUGAAAAGCAGCAAACUGAGAAACUCACCGAGGAGCUGAGGGCUUGCAGUUCUGCAGUCCCAUCUGGGCUUGCUCUCCCACUCCAGAGGCUUGUGUGCAUGAACUCACUCUGCCUUGAGCCAGAGCUCACCCC